AUGGAUAUCCAAACCCUGUUAAACAACCUUCAUGAAGAGUUAUCAUGUUCUGUGUGUAUGAGCAAGUACACCGAUCCAAAACAGUUGCCGUGCUUGCACAGUUUUUGCCUUCAUUGUCUGAAUGGGAUUCAACGAACGAGUGGCAGACGAGAUAAAAUUGCGUGUCCGGAGUGUAGACAGGAAUUCAAUGUUCCUGAUGAUGGAAACCUAGCAGCUUUGCCCACAAACUUUCGUAUUAACAGCUUACUUGAUGUACUAGCUAUUAAAGAGUGCAGCACCACUGGAGUUAAGUGUGGAAAUUGCGACGAAAGAACGAAACAGAGCUAUUAUUGUUUCCAAUGUUAUGCUUUCUGGUGCGAAGAGUGCAUUGGUCUUCACAAUAGGAUCAAGGCGAAUAAAGAUCACUAUUACAAUACAUACUUUAUUGACUUUCCCAAGGGGCUUUUCAAAGACAAUACAUGAUCCUAUUUACAAUUAAGAAAUGUUUUAAAAUAUAUAUAAAAUUACAAUUCUUUAAGUAAUUUAGUACGUAAACGAGUUUUAAAAACAUCAAUCGAGUUACACAGUUUAAAGGAAUUGUCUAGGGAGUUCCAUAAGUUCACAGUUCUAUAGAAAAAUGUUCUCUGACCGGCAGCUGUUCUAAAAAAGGGAAUUUGUAAAAGCUGUGAAUUUCUGGUGCUACGUCGGCUAACCUCUGCUCGCUUUAUGAAUUUUGAUGUAAGGUAUUCAGGGGCUUGACCGGUCAUACAUUUAAAAGCCAUUGUAGCGUUCCGGUAAUAAAGCUGACUGGGAACUGAAAGCCAAUUUAGCUCCUUGCGAAUUGGUGUAACAUGGUCAAAUUUACGCGCGCCGCUAACAAUGCGGCAUGCGAAGUUCUGCACUGCCUGUAACUUGUUGACAUUACAUUUUGAGGUAUUUGACCAAACAUUGGAGCAAUAAAAUAACCUGCUAAAAACUAAGGAAUUAAUAAUCAUCAAAAGUGUACGUUUGUCGAAGACAUGCUUGACACGGUUUAUCUGGCCAAGGCGGGACAUGCACGAGGAAGCGGUUUUAAUUAUAUGUUCAUCGUAAGUUAAAUUAGAAUCCAAAGUCACACCAAGGUCUUUGGCGGUGUCUGUAGGGACAAUGUCCUUACCCAUAAAGGAAAGGUAACGAAAUUGGAAUUUUGCACGCAUCUGCCUGCUGCCAAAUAUCAUCAACUUGGUUUUGCCAGGGUUUAGUAACAAUUGAUUGUUGGAACACCAUUCCCCUAUUUUAAACAGGUCGUCUUCCAAAUCAGCAAUUGCAUCCAGGUUGGCUUUAAGCUCGAAGGAAGUAAUGAGUUUCGUAUCAUCUACAUAACUCUGGGUGCUGCAUUUCUGUGGGAUCAAUGGAAGAUCGUUCGUAUAUAUGCUAAAAAGAAGUGGGCCCAAGAUGCUUCCUUGAGGAACGCCACUGGUCACAGACAAAGGCUCAGAUAGCGUUGAAUAGAUUCGUACUACUUGUGACCUGUUGCUUAGGUAACUACGAAACCAUUGGAGAGUGUCACUGGAAAUUCCGACUAUUCGCUGGCAUUGGAAGAAUUUAGGGAACAAGACUUUGAAAACAUUUUAAAGCGACCUUCAUUUUGCGGAAUUCCUGGCCACGGAAAGAAAGAAAUGGAGUUCUUUUGCAAGAUUUGCGAAGUCGCAAUUUGUAAUUCUUGUGCAUUGUUAGAUCACGAGGGACACGCAAAGACGCCUCUAGAACUGGCUGCAAAUGAGCGGAAGUUAAGACUGAAAUCUGCAAUUGAAUCUCAGAAAAAAAGAGCGGAAGCAAAGAAAAGUCAAAUCGAGGAACUUAACGAAUAUUACAACGAAAUCCUGGAACAAGCCGCUUGUGUCAAGGAAAACGUACUUGAGUAUGCUGACAGCAUUCAUGCAGCUAUUGAAGGUAAGAAACUAGAAAUCCUUGAUAAUUUGGAAAGGAAAACAAAAUCAUCUCUUGAACAAAUAGGAAUACAAAGGAACGAGAUGGAAAAGGAAUUUCAACUGCGUGAAUCAGAUAUUGAAAAGACUGAAACACUUAUAAAGCGAUGCACAAGCGCUGAAAUCAUGCAGCCGAACGAUAUUUUGGACAAAAUAUUCAAGGAUGAAAAUAACCAUGACGACACAGGCGACUGUGAAAGGCAAAGUUUUGCGAGACUCUGUUUUGUAAAAAAUCAAAAGUUGUUUGAUUUCGUCUCCGUUGAACAAAUUGGUUCUCUGAAUCUAACCCUUGCCAGAGCGCAGCAAUCAAGUGCUGAUGGAGAAGGAAUCAGAGAAGCGAUUGUUGGACUUGAAGCCCAGCUUACUGUGACAACAAGAAAAGCGGAAGGCCAACCGUAUCACGAAGAUUGCGACGGUGUAACAUUCGAAAUCAGCAAUCGUCAAGGCGACAACUGCGCAGCUGAAGUGCAAGUCCAAGAUAACAAAGAUGGUAGUUACAAAAUCAAAUACUUUGCCAAAGAAACAGGAACAUGCAGUGCAUCAGUGAAGGUUAAUGGAGAACAUAUCCGUGACAGCCCUUUUAAGGUUCAAGUCAAACCCAGACAGUUCAGACCUGUGUUAUCUUUUGGAGAACAAAUAUUGAAGAAUCCUUGGGGGGUAGGAGUAAAUGAACAAGAUGAAAUUGUAGUGAGUGACGUUGGUAACCAUAAGAUUCACUUAUUUAAGAGCGAUGGAACUCAUGUUAAAUCGUUUGGUGGAUUUGGAGCACAACCCGGUGAGUUCAACAGGCCUGCUGGGAUAGCGUUUCAUGUUGAUAACAUUAUAAUAGCCGAACAACAUAACAACAGAGUUCAAGAAGUCAGUAAACAGGGGCAGUACCUGAGCCAUUAUGGUGAAGAAGGAAGUCUUGAUCGGCAACUUAAUAGACCUUGUGGUUUAUCUAUUGACAGUGAUGACAAUAUUCUUGUUGCUGAUUCUGAUAAUAAACUAAUCAAGAUCUUUUCUGCGGGGGGUCAAUUUUUAAGUAAAAUUGGCAACGAGGGUUAUUUCUCUGAACCCUUUCACUGUAUUCAGCAUGACAACUAUCUUAUAGUAUCAGACAGUCGUGAUCAUUGUGUAAAAUUAUUUGAUAGAAAGGGUAACUUCCUUUACAAAUUUGGGAAGAAGGGAAAUGCAGACGGGGAGUUAAACACACCUCGCUGCUUGUUCAUGAACAAGGCAGGACACCUGAUGGUUUGUGAUAAAGUAAAUCACAGAAUUCAGGUGUUUGAUCUGAGUGGGAAGUUUGUCGCUAAGUUUGGAACAAAAGGAAGCGGGAUGGGAGAGUUUAAUAUACCGGUCUCAGCAGCAGUUCUUAGUGAUGGUAAAAUAAUUGUGACCGACUUCUUACACCACCGCGUUCAACUUUUUGAAUAA